AUGAAGGUCCCCUUUAUCCUUAGUCUUGCACUCAUUGUUGCCCAAGUCCAGGCAACUUGCUAUAAAUGCAGAUGGACCUGGUGCAUGAUUCUGCUGAUACAGAUGCUACCUGUGGCGCAAAAGGUGGACGAAAGAGAAAUGGUUACUGCUAUAUUGACAUCGACGGUGACUGGCGAGGUGAAAAGUGGCUGA